AGGAGCGCGGCCCCGUGAUCCCGCCCACCUGACAGGCGCCCGCGGAAGGCGACAUGGGCUCUGCUCCCUGGGCCGCGGUCCUGCUGCUGGCGCUCGGGCUGCACGGCCUCCGGGCGAGGGGUGAGUGCGGCGGUGCCCCCGGCCCCAUCCCAGGCCCCUUCCCCGGCUCCGGCCCCGCCUCUGAGGUCCGCAGGGCCCCGGACCCCGGCUUCCAGGAGCGCUACUUCCAGCAGCGUCUGGACCACUUCAACUUCGAGCGCCUCGGCAACAAGACCUUCCCCCAGCGCGUCCUGGUGUCGGACAAGUUCUGGAUCCGGGGCGAGGGGCCCAUCUUCUUCUACACCGGGAACGAGGGCGACGUGUGGAACUUCGCCAACAACUCGGGCUUCAUCGCGGAGCUGGCGGCCGAGCAGGGGGCUCUACUGGUCUUCGCGGAGCACCGCUACUACGGGAAGUCGCUGCCAUUCGGCGAGCGGUCCACGCAGCGCGGACACACGGGGCUGCUGACGGUGGAGCAGGCCCUGGCCGACUUCGCAGAGCUGCUCCGCGCGCUACGGCGCGACCUCGGGGCCCAGGACGUCCCCGCCAUCGCCUUCGGUGGCAGUUAUGGGGGCAUGCUCAGCGCCUACCUGAGGAUGAAGUACCCCCACCUGGUGGCCGGGGCGCUGGCAGCCAGUGCGCCCAUCCUAGCCGUGGCAGGGCUCGGCGACUCCACCCAGUUCUUCCGGGAUGUCACGGCGGACUUUGAGGACCAGGGUCCCAAAUGCACCCAGGCGGUGCGGGAAGCGUUCCGGCAGAUCAAGGACUUGUUCCUACAGGGAGCCUACGACAAAGUCAGCUGGGAGUUCGGCACCUGCCAGCCACUGUUGGAGAAGGACCUGACCCAGCUCUUCGUGUUUGCCCGCAACGCCUUCACUGUGCUGGCCAUGAUGGACUACCCCUACCCCACCGACUUCCUGGGUCCCCUCCCUGCCAACCCUGUCAAGGUGGGCUGUGACCGGCUGCUGAGUGAGGCCCAGAGGAUCGUGGGGCUACGUGCGCUAACAGGACCCUUCCAAGGGGGACAGGUUGGUGGCCGGAGCGCACGGUGUGUGUGUGGCCACUGGGCCCAGUGCCUCUCCUCCCCAGGGCUGGUCUACAACGCCUCGGGCUCGGAGCACUGCUACGACAUCUACCGUCUCUACCACAACUGUGCCGACCCCACCGGCUGUGGCACCGGCCCUGACGCCAGGGCCUGGGACUACCAGGCCUGCACCGAGAUCAACCUGACCCUCGCCAGCAACAACAUGACGGAUAUGUUCCCCGACCUGCCCUUCACGGAGGAGCUCCGCCGGGAGUACUGCCGGGACACCUGGGGCGUGUGGCCCCGGCCCGAUUGGCUGCAGACCAACUUCUGGGGGGGUGAUCUCAGAGCCGCCAGCAACAUCAUCUUCUCCAAUGGGAACCUGGACCCCUGGGCAGGGGGCGGGAUUCAGAGGAACCUGAGCACGUCGGUCAUCGCUGUCACCAUCCAGGGGGGAGCGCAUCACCUCGACCUCAGAGCCUCCCACCCGGAAGACCCUGCCUCCGUGGUCGAGGCGCGAAAGCUGGAGGCUGCCGUCAUUGGCGAGUGGGUAAAGGCAGCCAGGCGUGAGCCGCAGCCAGCCCUGCGUGGGAGGCCCAGACUCCGCCUCUGAGCACAGGGCGACUGGGGGACAGGUUUCAAGGCUCCCUGUGGAGUGAGGAGCAGGCCGGCCCCCGCCCAGAAAGUCUGCACUUUCUGGGUCCCUGAAGCUCAGCCACGGUGGCCAGCCUAGCAUGGGGGCUUUGCUCAAGAGGUGGCUGGCGGCAGAGGGAAGGGGCUGAAUAAACGUGUGGAGGCCACGUA